AUGAUUCAUUAGCAAUCAUUUAAUCAGACGUCAAAUUAGUUCAUAAUAUCUCCAAAAACAUUUAAUUUAGCGCUUGGGCUAAUAGGAAGCGAUCUGAAAUAUAUUGUUGACAAAAGCAUUUUAGAAUUAGAAGGUUAUUUAUAUAUUCAAAGUAUUGUAGUCGAUAGCUAGACAGGAAUUUAGAGCAUGUAAACAUAGCAAGUUCCAUUUUAAUUAGAAGUUUGUACUAACGAUAAUAUGCAAAAUGAAUAAUUACAAUAAUAAUUUCAGCAAUAUACAUCAAAUGGUUUUUAUUUUUGUUUGCCUUAAAAUAUGCAAUUUUAAGUAGAAGGAGAAUAUGGUGCUUCUGUUUAUUCUUCUAUUGUUUUAAAUCUCAAAAAAUGCAAUGGAAGCUCAUGUAAAAGUGAAUAAAUUAUUGAUUAAGCACUUCAAUAGCUUAAAGUAGAAGUAUUUUUUUCAGAUGUUGUGAUUUCUCCUCUAAAUAAGGAUUCACCUUUACAAUUCUAUGUAAAUAACUUCUCAUGGGAAGCAUCUGAAACAUUACCAAAAAAAGUGUAUUUGGAACUCAUACAAAAUAGGAUAUAAACAGAUAUAGGUUUUUUAGUAGAAAAUCUCGUUAUUGAAGAAUAUCCCUCUUUAAGUUAGGCAAGAGAAACUGUUACUACUCAAUAAAAUGGAUUACUGAGCUCUUUGGUACUUUAGUUUUAAGGAAACAAACAAAAUAAUUAUUAAAGAUCAUACCAGAGCGUAAUCUAAAUAAUUUCAGAAUUAGGGGGAUUUUCUCAGUUUUUAACAUUAAUUGGAUUUUUGAUGGUUAACUAUUACUCUUCUUUAAAAUUAAAUUGUGAUUUAAUUAAUUCUGUUUUUUAACUCAAAGAGAUUAAGCAGAAUUCAUAAGCGAAUUCUAUCAAUCAAAAUUAAUUAAAGGGGAAAUCAGCAAAUGUGUAUACCAAAAGAAUGAGUUUAUUUUAGCAAUAGAGAUAAAAAUAAUACCAAUAGAAUUCAAGAAAAUCAUUAAAUAUGAAUAUAAAUGAUUUACCAACUCAGAGUGUAAAUACAGAUAGCUUUGUCAAGGAAAAUAUUAAAGAUAAAUAAAGUGAAUAGAGUAUUAAUUAGAUAGAGCUGUUUUAAAAUAAAAGGCUGGUAAGCAUAAAGGAUCAAAGCUAACUCAAGUCAAAAUAAAGCGAAAUUAAAACUAGCGAUGAAAGAAACAGAAGCGAAAGCAAUUUCACUUAAUUGAAGAGAAUUCUGGGUAGUAUUAAAGGAUUGGCAACUUAGAAUUCUUUGUUUAAAUCUAAAGAAAAUGAUUUAACUAAUAGUACAAUUCAUUCAAAAGAAAACAAGAAAAGCAAAAAUGAUGAACAAAGUUCAAGCGAAAUAAAUAAAUUUAAGAAAUUGAAUUAAAAAUUGGAUGUUACUAUUUUACUAAGCAAGAUAUUUGAGAUAGAAAAGCUAAAGGCUAUUCUUUUAGAUGACGAUUAACUUAAUUUAUUCUAAUAUUUACCAAAGCCUUAAAUUUGCUAUUCAUUUAACCAAAAAGAAGAAAUUCAAUUUCACAAUAAUAAUAACUUUGUUUUUGAUAUAAAUAGCAGAAAUAAUGAUAACAAUGAAAACUCAGAUAAAUUAUAAAAGGCAAUAAAAAGCUAUUAAAAAAUAACAAGCAAAGCAGAUUUGUUUAAAAUAGAUCACAGAAUAAUUAAAAAUCUAGAUCCUUCUUAUAAAAAAAUAUUUCAAAAUGCAACAAGCUAGCAAAAGAUUGAAAAUGCGACUCAGUAAUUAUAAAGUUAUGAAAAUAAUCGCCCAGCUAGAAUUUAGCCAGAAAAAUUUUCAGAGGCAAUUAAAGAAGUUGAAGAAUGCUAAGAAUAUUUUGUCACCAACGAUUUCGAAGAAAAUAAAAUUGAAGAAAACUUUAAAAAUUAUAAAUCUUUGUCUAUACAGAAACCAUCUCCCAACUUAACCAUUAUUUAAAACAACGAUUGCAUUAACUAAAUUACAUUUUAAGAUAUUAAUACAAGCUAUAUAAUUUCUUAAACUAAUAAUUGA